AUGACACUGGGUUUUUCAAUUGUAUUAACUGGUGGUUGGCCUUACUUAAACAAGUUGGAUCGUCAAGCUGAUAAAAGAUUUUGGAGCUAUGUUGUUGCAGCAAAUCCACUUGGUGCAAUGUUAUUUGCACUACUUAUUGGCUGGUGGGGUAACAUAAGAGGAUCACCAACAUUACCAAUGAUUGUAACACUAUCAUUAUUUGUUAUUUCAUUAAGUUUUUAUAGUUUACUUGAUGUUUCACCAAUUGAUAAUAAAAAAUAUUACAUGAUUGCCACGAGAUUUUUUGUUGGAGUUAGUGCUGCUAAUAUUGCUGUUGCAAGAGCUUAUUUAUCAGCUGCAACAAAAACAUCUGAAAGAACACAUGCUGUCUCAAUGCUUGCACUUGCUCAGGUUAUUGGCUUUGCAAUUGGACAAGUUAUACAAUCAUUUUGA